GGCCAAUUGAAGGAGUCCUUUAAUGUGAUGUAGUUGACGUCACAACCGUGACACUUCCUUGUUUGUGACCUGAGCUGAGUCGGAGAUCUGUCUACCAGAAUGCAUAUAUCCAGGAAUCAUCCCAAGAGGAGAAAGCGUGGCGACUCAUAAGCCUGGUCGUCGUCAUUGUCAUUCACAGUGGUGCGUGUCCUCCUUGACGUCAUGCUGUGCUGGGGUAAUGCAAAAGAUGGACAGUUGGGGAUAGGCGCAGACGGAGAGCCAAUGAUUGAGCCCACGAACUGUCCAGGGUUCAGAGGCAUGUUGCUCAAAGAGGUGGCCUGUGGAGGUCAGCACUCUGUGUUCCUGCUACAUGAUGGAAGCGUGUACACGUGCGGCUCUAACAGCUGUGGACAGCUGGGGCACGACAAACCGGGCGCCUCCCCGGAGCUGGUGGGAGCUUUGGAUGCUCAGAAGAUCGCCACGGUGUCCAGCGGCCGAGCCCAUUCCAUGGCAGUCAACGAGCAGGGUCAAGUGUUUGCAUGGGGGGCUGGUGAAGGGGGUCAGCUCGGCCUGGGGACGGCAGAGAUGGCAGUUCGAAUCCCGAGGUUGGUCAAAAGGCUGGGCGACCACAGCAUUGUCCAAGUAAUGUGUGGAAACCAACACUGCAUUGCACUUUCUAGGGAUGGUCAGCUGUUCACGUGGGGCCAGAACACUAACGGUCAACUGGGUCUGGGGAAAGACGAGUCCAGCAAGCUCUUCCCGCAGCCCCUAAAGUCUCUGGCAGGGAUUCCUUUAGCGCAGAUCACCGCUGGCGGGGACCAUAGCUUUGCGCUCUCCUUGUCUGGAGCGGUGUUUGGCUGGGGGAAGAAUAGAGCGGGUCAACUGGGUCUCAAUGAUAAACAAGACCGUGCUGUUCCGUGCCACAUCAAGUUUCUGAGAUCUCAAAAAGUGGUUUACAUCAGCUGCGGAGACGAGCACACAGCAGCCCUCACUAAGGAGGGCGGCUUGUUUACGUUUGGCAAUGGUUCGAGUGGUCAGCUGGGUCACGGCUCCACCAGUAAUGAAUCUUUACCCCGACGAGUGCUGGAACUGAUGGGCACUGAGGUGUCUCAGAUCACCUGUGGCAGCCACCACACGCUGGCAUUCGUGCCCUCCUCUGGUCUGGUGUAUGCAUUUGGCUGUAACCGCCAUGGUCAACUGGGCACAGGAACACAAGAGGAUGCCCAAAGCCCAUUUCCUGUCUUGACAGGCUUUCCGACUGGGAAUGGCCACAGAUCAGUAACCAAAAUUAUCUGUGGAGGAGACCACAGUUUCUUAUUGUACUCGAAUAAGGAGAGCUUUGUGACCCCGGAUGACUUUAGAGUGAUGAAUGUCAACAAAAGCCUCACCCGCAUCACGCAUGAAAGAUUAAAUUUAUGGAGGUUAAAACUCAUGUCCAACGCAGAUUCAGGUGCCAGAAAUGACAUCAUAUUUCAGCUGUCCUCUACUGCUUGUUGGAAUGCCAGCUUCUUGGACCAAAGCGACGAUGCCCACUUCAAGACCAACCCAAAGAUCCCAGGCAUCGAUCUCAACUCUGUCAGGACUCUAUUUGAGGAGCUAAGCCGGCCAGCCUUCUCCGGGCUCCUGGAGCAGGCUACCAAGAGUUUUGAGAGUCAGCUGAUCCCGCAGCUGCCGAGCUCCCCACCUGACGUAGAAGCCAUGAGGAUCUACCUCAUCUUGUCUGAGUACCCGGCUCUGCAGGACUCCAAGUACUACAUCCGUCUUACCAUCCCUCUGGCCAUGGCCAUCCUCCGGCUAGACACUAACCCCAGCAAAGUAUUGGAUAACUGGUGGUGUUUCGUGGACGACUGUGCGUUUGAAAGGAUGGUGGACAUGUACAAGAGCAUUGUUGUGUUCAUGCUGGCCGGUGGCAAGAUGUGCCAUGUACCUUUGUUCUACGACAACUACUUUCUCGCCACUCUAAGGCUGCUGGAGAAACUCCACAAGGUAAACCAGAAGGCCCAUCAUGUGGAGUAUAGCCGCUUUUAUAUCCCCGACGUCAACAACUUGGUGGACAUCGAGGAGGACUACCUCAAAUGGUUUCUGGGGAAAGCUGAAAAGGAACUGAGAUCCCAUUCUUCCCAUGCGCAAAAGAUGGACUUCCCCUCAGUGAACUUUUGUGCCUACCCGUUCAUUUUGAACGCCCAAGCCAAGACAACUAUGCUGCAAACGGACGCCGAGUUGCAAAUGCAGAUGGCAGUAAGCAAUGCCAACAUCCACAACGUGUUCAGGCUGUUUACGCUGGAACCCCAGCCAGUCAGGAACCCGUACCUGGUGCUCCACGUUCGCAGGGAGCAUUUAGUCAGCGACGCGCUGCGGGAGCUCACGACGUAUUCCGACCUGGACUUCAAGAAGCCGCUCAAGGUGACGUUUGACGGCGAGGAGGCUGUGGACGCUGGUGGCGUGACUAAAGAGUUUUUCCUGCUCCUGCUGAAGGAGCUGAUGGAUCCUGUUUACGGAAUGUUCACACAAUAUGAGGAGUCCAACCUGCUGUGGUUCUCCGACAAAUGUUUUGUGGAGGAGAACUGGUUCCACCUGAUCGGCAUCGUCUGCGGUCUGGCCAUCUACAACUCCACAGUGGUGGACCUCCACUUCCCUCUGGUCCUUUACAAGAAGCUGCUGGAGGUGGCCCCCACGCUGGACGACCUGGAGGAGCUGUCACCCACGGAGGCCCGGAGUCUUCAGCAACUUCUGGACUACGAAGGAAGUGACGUGGAGGAGACUUUUCUUCUCAACUUUGCAAUCACCAGAGAGAACUACGGUGUGACGGAGGUGAAAGAGCUCAUCCCAGGAGGUCAGCACAUCAGCGUGGACAAACACAACAGGAAAGAGUUUGUGGAGGCGUACCUUCGCUACAUGUUCUGCGACUCUGUUAGCGAUGAGUACUCGGCCUUCGCUUCAGGCUUCCUGAAGGUGUGUGGAGGAGACGUGCUGGCACUGUUCCAGCCCUCUGAGCUGAUGGCAAUGGUGGUGGGAAACAACAACUACAACUGGGAGGAGAUGGAGAAGAAUGCGGAUUACAAAGGAGAAUAUUCAGCCACUCAUCCAACAGUGAGAUUCUUCUGGGAGGUUUUUCAUGAGUUCCCGCUGGAGAAGAAGAAGCAGUUUUUAUUGUUCCUGACGGGCAGCGACCGCAUUCCCAUCCACGGCAUGGCCAGCUUGAAGAUUGUCAUCCAGUCGACUGCGGCGGAUGAGCACUACCUGCCUGUGGCCCACACCUGUUACAACCUGCUGGACAUGCCGUGCUACCGCACCAAAGACGUCCUGUGCCGCCGCCUCACUCAGGCCAUCGAACAGUACGAGGGCUUCAGCCUCGUCUGACGGGGAAGGGGGGGAAGUCAAAGGUCAGGAAUACGCCGACUUCCUGUUGACACCCAUUUUAAAAGGUCUACUCCAAUUCAUGCCUAUUACUCUUCUUUUUAAGGCCAGGGGUGGGCAAAUUGUGGCCCACCAUGCAAUUGUAAAAUCUGUUGAAAAAAACAUUUAAAUGGUCAUAAUAAUAACCUGGUUAAUUCUAAUUCCUGGGAACCUAUCUGGGUUUAUUUCAAAAGCAUUGUAUUUUUUUAUUCAUCAAAUUCUAUUUUUCACCUUGAAUAAUUAUUUAUUUUCAGAUGAUAUAUAUAUAUAUUACAUUUUUGGGGGUUAUUUCUGAGACAUCUGUUUUAUUUUUAUUUUUUGGGCACCAAAAUAAAUUUGAAAAAGUAGACAUUGUGUCGUAAAUAGCACUUUUACUGUGCAUGUUUGAGAUGGUGCUUAUCAGGUUUAAAGAUGAAAUCAUGAUAAUCAUAAUCUGCAUUCACUAUUUGCCUUUUAAAGCCAAAAAUGUGGUGAUUUACAAGAUAUUAGUUACAAUACAAGAAAGACAAAUUGUAACUUUAUGGGGCAAACACACUAAUUUACUACAUAAGUUUUAAGUUUAAGAAUGAAAAUGUAAAAAGAAAGCCAAAUAUAAAGAAAUACAGUGGUGUGAAAAAGUUUUAAAACACUUUAAUGUUUCAGAUCGUCAAACAAAUUUAAAUAUUAGUCAAUGACAACACAACUGAACACAAAAUGCGUUUUUUAAAAUGAAACUUUUUAUUAUUAAGGGAGAAAAACCUACAUGGUCCUGUGUGAAAAAGUGAUUGCCCCCUAAACCUAAUAACUGGUUGGGCCAGUUAUUAGGUGUGAUAACUUGCAAUGAGUCUCUUACAGCGCUGUGGAGGAAUUUUGGCCCACUCACCUUUGCAGAAUUGUUGUAAUUCAGCCACAUUGGAGGGUUUUCCAGCAUGAAGCACCUUUUUAAGGUCAUGCCACAGCAUCUCAAUAGGAUUCAGGUCAGGACUUUGACUAGGCCACUCCAAAGUCUUCAUUUUGUUUUUCUUCAGCCAUUCAGAGGUGGACUUGCUGGUGUGUUUUGGAUCAUUGUCCUGCUACAGAACCCAAGGUGGUUUCAGCUUGAGGUCACCAACAGAUGGCCAGACAUUCUCCUUCAGGAUUUUUUGGUAGACCGCAGAAUUCAUGGUUCCAUUUAUCACAGCAAGUCUUCCAGGUCCUGAAGCAGCAAAACAGCCCCAGACCAUCACACUACCACCACCAUAUUUUACUGCUGGUAUGAUGUUCUUUUUCUGAAAUGCUGCGUUACUUUUACAGCAGAUGUAAUGGGACACACACCUUCCAAAAAGUUCAACUUUUGUCUUGUCAGACCACAGACUAUUUUCCCAAAGGUCUUAGGGAUCAUCAAGAUGUUUUCUGGCAAAAUUGAGACGAGCCUCAAUGUUCUUUUUGUUCAGCAGUGUUUUUUGUCAUGGAACUCUGCCAUGCAGGCCAUUUUUGCCCAGUGUCUUUCUUAUGGUGGAGUCAUGAACACUGACCUUAACUGAGGCAAGUGAGGCCUGCAGUUCUUGGGAUGUUGUUGUGGGGUCUUUUGUGAUCUCUUGGAUGAGUCGUCGCUGCGCUCUUGGUGUCGUUUUGGUUGGCCAGACACUCCUGGGAAGGUUCACCACUGUUUCGCCAUUUGUGGAUAAUUGCUCUCACUGUGGUUCGCUGGAGUCCCAAAGCUGUAGAAAUGGCUUUAUAACAUUUUACAGACUGAUAGAUCUCAAUUAAUCUCACUUAAGUUAUGCUUUAACAGGGAGCAAUCACUUUUUCACACUGGGCCAUAUAGAUUUGGAUUUUUUUUUCUCCCUUAAUAAUAAAAAGUUUCAUUUAAAAACUCCAUUUUGUGUUCAGUUGAGUUGUCACUGACUAAUAUUUAAAUUUGUUUGAUGAUCUGAAACAUUUAAGUCUGACAAACGUGUGAAAAAAUAAGAAAUGAGGAAGGGGCAAAGACUUUUUCUCACCACUGUAAGUUAGGUCACGACAAUAAGGUUGUAAUAUUACAAGAAAAAGUGUAAUUUUACCAAAAUAGUGGAAAUAUAUUCAUCACGUGACCACUCUGAAGAAGACUGCAGGUGCGCGGGUGAAACUGUCAGGUAUGAAAAACUAGCCAACUGUGGUGAGUAAAAAGACCUUUUCGGAUGUGUGAAUGAUGGACCAAAUGAACGUCAGUGGCCUACAGUGGAAAUAUCACCAAAAGUAAUCAUUUCACAAGAAUGAAAUUGUAAUGCUAUCAAGAAGAAGUAUAAAGACAAAAUGUAUUAGGAAAAAUUCAAAAACAAAAAAAUCCCCAUAAUAUUACAAGAAUAAAGUUGGAACGCUACGGAAUACAGUUUUACGACAAUUACAAAAAAAUGCUUAAUUUUUACAAGAAUGAAGGCAGAUUUUCACAAAAAUAGAUGUUUUGUCUUAAAGAAUAAUAUUACAACAAAAAGGGGUAUCUAGAAGAGAAUGGUUGAAGUAUUACGAAAAGGAUGCAGUUUUACAAUAAAAAAGGUCAUUACAAGGAUAAAGUCAAAAUGCGAUGAAAUUAGGGCUGUCAAAAAUAGCGCAGUAAUGGCCGAGACUCGUAUAUUUCAUAAAUGACGUUUCAUUUUUUUGCAUAAUUAACGCUUACGCAUCAGGGCAAGCCAUGGCGCUCUGUUAUGACGACAGAUGGCGGCACCGUGUAGCUCCCCACGGAGUCACACAGUCUCACGCUCUUUUAUAACUUAGAAUAAAUAGCAGUGCAAUUCCAGCACCAAAUGCAGGAUAUGCAGGAUGUUUCUCCAACUCCAGUCCAUUCCUCACUGCAGCAACACUUCCUCAUUGUCACUCGACAGACCGCGAGAUGCAUUCAUGGACACGCGGAACAUAACGUCUUUACUCUGCGUGUAUGUGUGGGAUAAAUAAACAAAAAUGCAAAAAAAAAGCAAUAAGUGGACAUUCUUAUCACUCACUUUGUAACUCUGAAUGUGGGAGUACAAUUUGCUGAAAAUUCACUCAAAACAUGUCAAUUCAACUUAAAUGACGUGGUGUCUUUGAACGCGACUCCUCAUUGCUCAUAACAGCACAGUUAAAGUCUGAUUCAAAUAUUCUGCUAUUAAAGAAACCAGUGUUAGGUAAAUAGAUUUUCAGACGUGUGCCAUCUUUUAACUUGAUUUUACAUUUUCAGUUAAUUUGGCGCUGCUAAUACAAAUAUAUAUAUAUAUACUGUACAUAAGCCUUGAUUUUUAUUUAUAUAAAAUACCGUAAAAAUGGGCAUAUAUCAGACAUAGUGUGACAGGGUGAUUAAUCAUGACUAAUUUGAAAAUCAUGAUUAAUCUAAUUAAAAAUUUGAAUCAUUUGACAGCCCUAGACGAGAUGCAAUUAUUUUACGUCAUUAAUAUUACGACAAAAUGUGUAAUUUUUACGGGAAGCCCAAAUUUCACAAAAAUAUUUGUUUUAUUUUACGAAAAUAAAAUUGUAUUACGCAAAAGGUGUAACUUUGAUAGAAUAGUUGAAGUGUUAUGAAAAGAUGAAAUUUUACGAAAAGAAAAAGUUGUAAUGUUACAAAAAUGACGUCGGAAUGCUACGAAAUACAAUUUUACGAGAGUCGUGUCUCGAUGCGUAAUUUUUAUGAGAAUAAAGCCAGAAUUUCACAAGAUGGAUUUUUAAUUUUACGUGAAUAAUGUGAUAUUAUGUUUUAAAAAAGGUGUAACUUUAAGAGAACAGUGAAAGUAUUAUAAAAAAAAUAUAAAAGCAAUUUUACGGAAAGAAGUUGCAAUUAAAAAAAAGAAAUCAUAAUAUUACAAGAAUAAAGUCGAGAUGGCACGAAAUCCAAGAAUCACGUCUUAAUAUUACAACAAAAUGUGUAAUUUUUAUGGGAAGAAUUUCACAAAAAUAUAUCUUUUUUUAUUUUACAAGAAAAUAGUGGUAAUAUUACCCAAAAGGUGUAACUUUGAGAGAAUAGCCAAAGUAUUAAGAAAGGGGUGCAAUUUUACAAAAACAAAAAGUUGUAAUGUUACAAAAAUGAUGUCGUAAUGCUACGAAAUACAAAAUUCCGAGAAUCAUGUCUCAAUGCCUGAUGUUUACGAAAAUAAAGCCAGAAUUUCACAAGAAUACAUUAAUUGUAUGUGAAUAAUGUCAUUAGGAUUUUUAAAAAAGGUGUAACAUUUAGAGAAGAGUGAAAGUAUCACAAUUUGAAUUUUACAAGAACAAAGUGGUAAUAGAUUAAAAAAACGUAACUUCAAGAGAAUAGUCCAGGUAUUCCGGAAAAGACAAUUUUAUGAGAAUAAUGUAAUAUCACAAGAAUUUAGUCAAAAAAAUUUUACUGGAAAACUGUCUCAAUGUUUGGAAAAAAAAUACAAAGCAGAAUUUGCUGAAAAAUGACAUGUUUUAUUUUACGAGAAUAAAGUGCUAGUACAAUUAAAAAAAAAAAAAAAAAAUCGUAAUUAUGUUAUCAGAAAAAAGUCAGUGACGUUCUGCUAAACAGGAGAACAACCUGCUGCUUUGCUCUCGCACAUUUGCUUGUGCCAUCACUUCAUAAUACAAGGGAUUACCUCACGUAAGUGUGCCCUUAUUAAAUAGACUUUUUAGUCGUGGUUCCUGACUGAGAGCAUGAUGACAAAAAACCAACAUGUUUGUCAUUGGAAUACACUGGUCCCUCUCAAUCGGAUUCGCUGAAUUUUUUUGUGCUUUUUUUUUUUUUAUUACAGGGAAUGAACGCUGUUACAGGCCGAGCCUGGCCCUUUAAGAAGAAUUCCAUCGUGGGAAGUUGAGUGUCUCUCUAUCUCUCUCUCUUCUCUCUCUCUCUCGUUCCCUUUACUCGCUCGUCUGUCUACACCACCCAUUGUUUUCUGCGUCCUGAUUGGCUGUAGACCAUUGUCAAUCAAGCUCCUUUGUGCCGCUAGCUAGCUUGCUCGCUUGCUAGCUUGUAAAUGAAUCUUCGGUUGGAAUGAGGAGGACUGCAGCAAUAUGUUUUAACAAGGAUACAAAAACGCUACAGUACAGCGGAACGGCUCCAGGAGUGACUUAAGUUCUUGUGUCCUACCGGUAGGUUGAUCAUCAAAAUUCAAAGCUUUGAACUCGUUUGAGAGUGUUUUAACGAGUGACAAAUGUGAUAAAACGUUAAUGUCUGUCUGAGAACAGUGUAUAAAGUGUAUGGUGAGGGGGUUUACAGCCUUUCAACAUAUAUCAUUGUAAAAAAAAAGAUGUUGGCUACUUUGCGGAUUUCACUUAUUGCAAGCUAUUUGGGGAACCAAGCACCGCUAUAAACGAGGGAACACUGUACAUUAAAAUGUCUUUUUGAGUAUGCAGAUACUACUACUCCUACUACUACUACUAAAAAAGUUGAAGGCAUUUAAUGAACGACCAGCAUUUUAUGUCACUCUUAAGUUGAUUCUCAUUUUUCUAUGAUAUAGUAUAUUAUUUUCAUGAAGACAAUGGCUGUCACACAGCAAUACGAACACUACCGGUCAACAAAAAGGUCUUAAACACUCGUCUAUCACGCAUGGAUACACACACACACACACACACACAUUUUUGCUGCACACUUUUCCUCCUAUGCAAACAUUUGUGCAGCUGUACAGUAUAGUUUGGAUCAUUUGUUUGUGUUUGUUAUUGAGCUACAAAAAAAAAUGCUUAGUUUUAUUGUGGUCAUGUUUUUAAUAAAAGCGCUUUCAUAAAA